AUGGAGGUCCUUCAGUCGCUUCACAUGCAGGCGGAUCAGACACCAGCUCCCAAGCCCGUCGCCAUGGUGGCAAGCCCGAUUGCGACAGCGGACAAGUCUACCGCACCUCCUUUCUCCCCGUGCCACCACUGGAAUCGCAAGUGCCCGGACAACAAGGCUGGGUCCAAGGGGAAGAAGACGAAGGCUCCUUCAACACCUUCCGCCUCGCUCGUCACUGCGCCUGAUAUCUCGACGCUGGUUGACGGUCCGGUGCGUGGCUACCUCACAGCCGCAAUGUUCACCUUGGCCAAGCCCUCCAUCAUCCUGCACAGCGGGGCGACGCACCACAUCAUCAACGAUCGCGCAUGUUUCACCGCCUUCCGCAAGUGCAAGCCAGCUCCGCUCGAAGGCAUUACUGGUGAAGUGGUCAACUCCAUCGAAGGCGUCGGCUCCGCCAUCGUUCGUUCCUUUGACGGCAGCAUCGCCCAGCUCAACGACACCUUGUUGGUGCCCACCGCUCCGGUCAGCCUGUUCUCCGCCAGUCGUGCUGACAUCGGGGGUUACGACAUCCAUCUGACUUGGGCCAAGGCAACGGUCUCCAUCGCUGACAUGGUGUGCCACACUGGCGAGCUCAAGAGCGGACUUUACCACAUGCAGGCCUCGCUCGUCGACGUCGCUACUCUCGUUCAUCAAGCGGGUGUGUUCCCGCGCGCGCUCAUGGCCGUUCGAUGUCUGUCUUGCACGGAUGCUUCGCUCACCUCCACCCACGCGCCCUCCGACAGUUGAUUUCGACUGAAACUGUGUCGAGAGUGAACAUGGGGGUAGAUUCAAACGAGGAUUUGAAAUGUGACACUUGCCAAGCUGUCAAAAUUACGCAUCACCCGUUCCCUGCUGUCACAUCAAAUUGCUCUGCUCAGCCGCUUGAACGAGUCCACAUGGACCUCCUCGCGUUCGACGGUGCCGUGUCAUUAGGGGGUGCGAGAUACGCUCUCGUCAUCGUGGACGUCCAUUCUCGGUAUUUGUGGGUGAUUCCGAUGUCACACAAGUCCGACACCUUUGUGGCCUUCAAAUCCUGGCUUGCGAAGGUGGAGCGCUCCACGUUGCGCAAAGUCCUUGCGGUCCGCUCGGAUAACGGGGGUGAAUUCAUGUCGAACGAGUUCUCCAGAUUCCUGGAAGAGCAAGGCAUUACUCGUCAGCUCUCUAUCCCUGACACACCCCAACAGAAUGGAGUCGCCGAACGUGCAAAUCACUUGAUCACCGAGGGUGUCCGCUCAAUGCUCCACCAGUCGGGCCUACCUCACGCUUUGUGGGCCGAGGCAUUGGCGAUGUAUGUCUACGUCAAAAAUCGCUCGCCGCACUCUACAAACUCGGGCACCACACCUCACACACAUUGGUACAGUUCCAAACCUUCAGCUGGCCAUCUACGCGUUUUCGGCUGUUGAGCGUGGAAGGCCACUACCACCAAGCCGCGCAGUAAGCUCGAUCCGCAAGGCAUCCCACUCGUCUUCAUUGGCUACGACCUCGAGUCCAAGGGGUACAGACUGCUCGACCUCAACACGAGACAGGUCUUCAAGUCCCGCAGCGUCACAUUCUUUGAGGACGACUUCCCUGCUCGCGCAACGGGCAUCCGAGCGUCCCCGCUUCCUGCCGCGGGGUUGUCAUUGUUCCCCCCGAGCAAGUUGACCCACCUGCUGCCUUGCGUUUCGACGCCCCUGGCCCCGCCUGGCAGCCACCCGCAGGCCCACGUGCGCGCAAUCCGCUGGCUCGGUACGGAGCCCUCGCAUCCUUGCGCUCAAUGCCUUCUGCCUUUGCAUUCUCACUCGGCGACGAGGUUGUUGCGCUGGUUGCCAAUCUUGCGGAGGCUGGCAUCGAUACCUCGAAGCCGGACCGUCCUCUCUCCGAGCCCGAGGAUCCUUUGA